UCGACAGUGAAAGUGUGAAGUAAUCUUUGGAGAUGGACCUAUUUGUGAAGAUUUCUGUGUUUCGGAUCUUGAUACUCGUUAGAGCCUUUGUGGUCGUGCAGAUGCAAUCAUUUUUCAAUUCUCCUCCUCCAGAAUACUAUCGUCGAACAGCAUUGAAGGACUGUAUCAAGAACUCGGAAGGUACAUAUUAUGGAACUGAUUCUGCAUACGGUGGAAUUGAUGCUUAUGAAGGAGAAUUUCAACAUAUGGCGGCUAUUGGUUGGCGGCGAGCCGGCGGCAAAAUUGAUUACGACUGCGGUGGCAUCUUGAUCAGUAAGCAGUUCGUGCUGACUGCGGCACACUGCGCCCAGGAUAACGAAAACAAACGUCCGGAUCUGGUGCUGUUAGGCGAUACGGUUCUAGAAAGAUUCUACGAUAUCGAGAGUACACAGAAAAUUGCGAUUCAUGAUAUAAAAGUGCACCCGUACUAUAACCCAUAUUACAAAUACUUUGAUGUGGCUUUGAUUCAGUUAGAGAAAAGUGCAAUAUACUCGACCACAGUUUGUCGGGCAUGUUUGUGGCAAGAGAAUUAUGUACCCACUGGUCCAAUGAAUGCGGCUGGAUGGGGGGCACUCGGUUUCUUCGAAAACCCGAGUCCUCUGCUUCAGCAUGUUGUGGUGCGUCACAUUGACAAGACAGAGUGUGAACGAAAGCUCACCAUCAAUAAAAAUAGGAUCCCACAGGGUAUUCGGGAGGAUCAAUUCUGUGCAGCUGGCAGAAAUAUGGACACUUGCGAGGGUGAUUCCGGUGGUCCGCUCGGUGUGAAGCAGUACACUCUGGGCGGUAUUGAAGUACCGCUGGUAGUUGGUGUUGUUUCGUUCGGUACAGCAUGUCAGCCUGGUUCGGUAGGAGUGUACAGUAAAGUAAGUGAGUACGUGAAGUGGAUCGAGCAGACGACAAAAACGUCCAUGAGUAUCAAAGAUUGCAUCGAGGAAUCGUUUUGUUUUCACGAAAACGAUAUUAACGUAGGCUAUCACUCGUUCAAUGCCAAGAGUCGCUUCGGUUUACUGUGGAACGAGUAUGAUAGCGACCCGAACCAAUGUGGAGCGACACUUAUCGACUAUCAGUAUCUUUUGACGGCAGCUUCCUGUGUAACGACAGGACUAGGUCAUCCAAAAUACGUUAUUGCCAAGAAUGGUGAGCGUGCAGCGAUCUCGAAUGUAUACAUCUCUCCCAAGUAUAGUGCAGGUCGGCCGGAAAAUGACAUAGCAUUGCUGAAGAUUGCCCAGUACACAAAUCUCCAGGUAUAUCAGCCCGCCUGUCUGUGGGAUCGUCAAAGCAGUGGAAUGUGGGAAUUCGAACCAAGAUUUAGCGCUAACGGACUGAAACAAACUUCUCGCAACCCUGUCGACUCUCUGUUCGUUCGAGCUACCAAUUUCUUGGAUUGUGAAGUACCAUGGGCACUUGGAACGGAUUUGUAUUGCUUUCACAAUGAGGUUGAUCUUCUUCCGGGUGAAUGCGAGAUGGACUACGGCGGACCGGUUGUUGGUUUCAAUAGUUCGGACGGCAGUGCAGCGCAGUUAUAUGGCAUCGUCUCUCCGUUAAGUAGAAGCUGUGAUUCAAAACUGUUUAUGGUCGAUGUAUCACGCCAUAUUCCAUGGAUUAAAGCGAUAGUCUUUGAAAAACUGGAACCUUAUCGUUUUUGGGUUUAGUUUGGAAUGUUUACAUGCAUCGGUGUCCGGUUUGUUGCGUAUAUUAUUUUAUAAUAAACAUGAAUGUAUCCAUCAAGGAA